AUGGCUCCUGCCGGCGACGAGUACCGCCUCCCUCCCCUCCCAGAGUUCGUCUCGACCUGGAAUCCAUUCGAUCUAAGCGAUCGGUCGAAUAUUCGAUACGAGCAUGCCCCGAACGCUGAGGCGGAUGCCGAGGCCUCCCCGCAGCCUGUUGGGUUGGGGAUAACACAGCCCAACUCCCACCGCCACUCGCGAUCCGUGAGCUUCGACACGACGCAAACUCCCGACGGCGCUUCCUCGCGAUUCGCAAAUUCGGAAACAGAACUGCUAGGCGAGAACGCGCAUCGACAUUCGCAUCCACAUUCCCCGCAUAUCGUCCGCUGCCCGACCAACAAGACGAUCGUCCACCGUCGGCUCUCCUGGGUCCCCGCGACGAUCCUCGUCCUCGCCGUCUAUUCUACCCUCCUAUCCGGUUUCUACCUCGUCCUCGCGUUCGUCAAGCCCCGCUAUGGUUCGUUCAUUGGGGUCGACGGAAACCUGUCCGCCUCGACAGCUAGCCUGCUCAGCACGCUGUUCGCCAAAACAAUCGAAUUGGCGUACGUCACGGUCUGCGUCUCGUUCCUCGGGCAGGUUCUUACGCGACGGGCGAUUACAAAGGGGUCGCGUGGGAUUUCAAUAUCGGACAUGAGUAUGCGCACGUGGAUCAUGCAGCCCGGGAGUCUGAUUGUCCAUUGGGAGUCGCUGCGGUAUUCGGGGUGGACGAUUCUAGGCGCGAUUACGCUCACUGCGACGCUGGUCGCGAUGUUGUAUACUACUGCUGCUGAGGCUUUGGUAACACCUAAGCUCAAAUGGGGCUCGGUCGAGGAGCGCGUCAUUGUCGGCGACGUCUGGGCCUCCUUCGCCAACACCGAGUACCUCACCGAAAACUGCGAGACCCCCGUUGCGGUCGCCGCCGACCCCGUCUACAGAAACACCACCUGCCUGAACAUGCAGCACGCCGGUCAAGCCUACAGCAACUACCAGUCCUUCAUCAAAGAGUGGGCGCGCAUCGCUGAAGGCCUGCAAGCUACCCCGACCGAUCCCGCGACGCGUCCCAACCCUACCGCGUCCGUCUACGAUAAUACAACGGUUGAAGGCAGAUGGAUUGAUCGGGUGAACAUGGCGGAUCUGUCGGAGAAAUACGGGCGCAUCGUACACAAUGUUACUGCCGCGAUGCCGCACGGUGGUGUUAUCGCUGCAGCAAACCACCCAGACAACAAGAUCAUCCAGCCAGAGGAUCAGUCGGGAGAAGGCAUGUACGAGCUCGAGGCUUCGGUUCCAUCGCCAGCCGUCAACGUCCUCUGCGCCGGAAUGAACGAGACCGAGCUCGCGCCGAUCGUGUACACCCUAUGGCCCAACCACGGCCCAUUCAACCCGGUCAACUGGACGACAAACGUCCCCGCCGACGUGCCAAACAGCGCCGACUGGCACAAUCGCACCGUCGUCGAUGACCUCUUCGGUUUCGGGCCCGACUACGUCAAGGAAGGGCAGUACGCGCCCAUCUUCGGGACUCUGCCCAAGCCGUACAAUACGAUCAUGAACGUCACCUCGUCGUACAGCAACGGAGCCAUCUUCCUCCUCGGCGCUAGUCCGGACACCACCGAGCCAGCCUACGAGUCCCCGUACUUCCUGUGCAGACUCAAAGCGAAGCAAUCCAUCAAGUGCUCGACCCGCUAUAACGCCACGGCCAGCGGAUCGCACCUCUACACCGUCUGCGAGGAGAACCGCCCGCUCCAGUAUAACCUGCGCGUCCCGGACGCUGUCGAGUCCUGGGCAAACGACUGGAUGUACAUCGCGUCCGAGUGGUCAUUCACCCUUUCACUCAAUGCAGGCAUCACCGACGGCGCAGCCGCAAACGCCCGACUCCUCAUGCAGUUCGCGCCGAAGACGCGUGACCUCGACCCCAAACUGCCCACCAUCAGCGAAGCGCUCGCCGUCCUCGCCGGAAACACACUGCUGAUGUCCUCCACCAACGCCCCCUACGUCCCCUUCUGGAACCACACCGACACCAACAUCCUAGCCACGCCGGAUAAGCAGCACAUCAAUGCCACUCUGCGCGCAAUCGAGUACGCGUCCGGUGGGACGCAGAAGUGGCAAGGCAUCUUCUAUCCGAUUCUGCUGUUCGCCUUCUUCACCAGCGCGCUGUGCCUCGCGUUUAUGAUUGUCGAGAUCCGCGGGAAGCAGAUUACCGAUUUCACGGAGCCGCAGAAUCUGUUUGCGCUUGCUAUGAAUUCCCCUGCGACGGAGAGGCUGCAGGGGGCUUGUGGGAGUGGGCCCGCGGGGCGGCAGCUCGGUGAGCGCUGGUUUGUGGCUAUGGAAGAGGAGGACGAGCAUUAUUAUAUCCGGACUAAGGCGGAGGCGGAGGCGGAGCGGGAGGGCAUGCCGAAGGUUGUAAGGGCGGUUGCGUUGACGGAGAUCGAUGUCGAUGAUGCGGAUGGCAGUCCGGCGCUGAAGACUGGGAGGCCGGGGGAUAGUCCGGCUAUGAGGGAGUAUCGGAAGUUGGCGUCGCGGAAGAGCUGGCUUUCGGGGUUUUAUUGA